CCUAAAACCUCAAGGAAUAGAAAAAUCCUUUUUAUAUUAUUAUUUUUUUCACAAAGGAAAAUCAACACGCAGACGUCCGAGCUAAAGGAUCGACAAGACAUAAAUUUUCUGGUAAAUUUUUGGAUAUUUUAAUGUUUUAUUUCUUCUGAUAUUUAACAUUAUUGUUACAAGAGAUUUGGUUUUCUUAGUUAUAGAUUACAGGCAUGAAGUCUCUAUGCAUGUUCCAGAGGCAAUGUGGAUGUGAUCGAUCUGAUGGCUGCUAAGAAAGAGAUUAUAAGACUCCCAUCCAGGAAACCAAACGAAAAUGCACCGUUAGAUGUUCAGCUACAAAUAGGUGGAGUGCCAUUGUCAUUGAACAAGGAGCUUCUUGGUGACAAAUCUGCUAAGGUAGCUGCAUUGCUAAGGAAGAACCCUGAAGAUGAUCUAUCCCAUUUGCUGGGGGAGAUCCCCACUGAUCCGCAAACCCUCGAGCUCAUGGCAAGAUUCUGCCACGGUUUCAAGAUAACCCUCACAGCUCAGAAUGUUGUUCGGGUUUACUGCCUCGCUCACCACCUCGGGAUGACCGAGGAACACAGGCCCAACAAUCUUCUCAGGACGGCUCUUGUCUACUUUCAGCACAAUGUCCUUUCUAGCUGGAACAAAUCCAUCAAAGCCCUCAAAUCUGCAGAGAGUGUUUUUCACCAAGCAGUGGAGCUCGGGUUGGUUGAUGCCUGUGCCGAGGCGAUUAUCAAUCAGGCUCUGGAUAAUCCUUUGCUUCUCGGAGAACCUGCAGCGAAGAAGGCGACACACGAGGAUGAUUACAGCGAGGGCGAAGAGAAUAAUGCUUACAGACCAAAUGUAAGUAGGAGGCUCUUCGAUUGGAAAUCAGAGGACUUGACUAUACUGUCUAUCAGACUUUACGAGCCCAUCAUGCGUGAAAUGGCCCGCCGCAAUGUUCACCUCGAAUAUAUUGCUGCAUCGCUAUGUCAAUAUGCUAAGAAUUGGGUUUAUAAUAGCAUCAAAGGAGACGAUGAUUCCACCGCAUAUAAGAGGAAUUCCAUGAGAGAAAUCAUAGAAGCGGUAGAGAGAGUAUUACCUCGCGAGAAAGGGCUGAUUUCGAGCACAUCGCUCUUCGAAAUGCUGCAGUCCGCGAUAUCCUUGGAUGCUAGCGAUGAAUGCAGAGACGGUUUAGAGGUCCGGAUCGGGAAACAGCUCGACCAGGCAACCGUCAAGGACCUGCUAAUACCUUAUCAGGGAUAUGCUAAAGACGAAAAGUAUGAUACCGAGUGUGUAAAGAGGAUAUUGAGGAACUACUAUCACAAUUACACCAGUUCCGAGAAAUCUGGAUUGAUUAAAGUUGCGGAACUCAUGGAAGAAUUCUUGGCCGAGGUUGCCAGUGACAUAGACUUGAAGGUCGAUACAUUUACAUCACUUGCAGACUUAUCAGCCUCGGUAUCAGACGAAACCAAGAGACACUCAGAUGGAAUAUACAGAGCCAUCGGUAUCUACUUAGACAAGCACAAAUACCUGACACAAUGGGAGCGGGAGCAGGUCUGUAACGUACUCGACUGCAACAAAUUGUCCCCGGAAGCCUGUCAACACGCCGCCCAGAGCGCCUGGUUGCCACUCCGGUUGGGGGUGCAGAUUUUAUUCGCGGGGCAGCUGCACCUGAGAGACACGAUCACCAAGGAAAUUCAGACCUCCGAUCCCGGGUUGUUGAAGUUGGACAAAGAGGAAGAGGAAGAGGAAGAGGAAGCCGUGAGGGCGAGCAACAGUGGAGACGAGGUAAGAGCAGAGAUGGAAAAGAUGGGCAACAAGGUGUUGGAGCUAGAGCGGGAAUGCAAUAUAAUGAGGACGGAAAUUCAGAAAGGCUGCUGCAGUAAUAAGGUUAAAAACGAGAAGUUGAGUAUGUGGAAAGAAAUGAAGAGGAAGUUCGGGUGCAUUACCAGCACACACGAUUGCAACUGCCACGUGAAGAAGAAAAAGGUGCAUCCAAGAUAGUAUAGCAUAGAGACCAGCCCUCCUGCUUUUCCGAAC